UAUCCGACUGAAUUUAGUUUAGCGUGACUGCAGCUCCCUUCCUCUGGCUCAUCUCCUACAUCGCUCUCUUUGCAGUGCUGCGGGCGGGGGAGAAUGCAUGGACCGUUCCCUCGCAGCUGAUCUCUCUCGUUCUUUCUGGAGGACCUUUUUGAGGUUUUAAAUCAAGCACUGACGGACAGCAAGGAUUCUCCCUUUCCCCCGACGCCAGCCAGCAAAUCCCUUUUCUCUCCCCCUCCCCAGCGGCAGUUCCGCUGCCUUAUGCGUCAAAUUUAAAGGGUUUCUUUUAAAUUAAUAAAGCAACUGGAUGAUGCGCGCUGGCAGAAGCGGGAUCAGCCUCGUUGCCCCUGGAAUACAGCUUUAUUUCAGCAAGAUCUGGGGUGGAUAACAGAGCCCCCUUCCCGCCUGGCUUUGGAAUCUCUUUCAGCACCAUGCAAGUGGGCAGCUCCUCCGGGUGAGCCGUGUGUACCUAAACCGGCUUGCCCAAGGAGGGGUGUGUGGGGGGUGGGAUUGGCACCCCCACAAAAACAGGACCGAGUCUGCAUUAUUCCUUGCUAUCAAGGCGUGGAGUGGAGGAAGGCGAAUCUCCGCUGCAGCCCCGGGGAAGGGCUCGGAGAUUACUAUUGCAGGAGGGGGGAACUGGCCGUGGCCCCGUAAAACAAACCAAAAGAUUAGUCACCGCUGUCCGGGUUGCCCUGGGUGCUGGGGGAAGAAAACGAGUGAAAACUGCCAUCGAUUGAACUGCUGGGCAAAAGGCAAGCGGAGGGUGGGAAGGCAGCCAGAGGUUUCAGCACCACAGGAUCCGUGGACAGCUCCUUGCGAGGCUGCUCCGGGCAGCCAGGGGCUUGGAAAGGGCCGAGAGGAUUCGGAUUUCGCCCAACUUGGGUGCGGAGGGGAUUGUGGAGACAGGAAGAGAGGGUUUUGGUUGGUUUGUUUCUUCACCCUCUUCUCCUUAACGGAAAGUUAUGCAAAGCCCAGCACCUUCCUCUGGCUGCUCAGCUGGAAUCCUCUAAAGGGCUGAGCAAAGGACCUUGUAAAAACCAGCCCGUGCUAGGAAUCUCCUGUGCUUGGACACCUGCUGUGAGAUGGAUUCUGGAGCAGAUCAGAGCUGCUGAUGGGAAAGUGAUGGAGAAGGAAACCAUGCUGCGUCCCCUCGGAAAGGCUGCAGCAGGACUUGACGCUGCCUUUUCCUUGGCUCUCUGAGAAGCUACCCCACGCUCCCUCCUUGGUAAGUCUUCAAGGUGGAGCCUGGCUGCAGAGCCAGGGAGGCAAAGGGGGCUCAGUGCCGCAUGGCUGUCUAGGCUGCGUGUCAGGGCAGGGUUUUGGUGUGUCGUUGGCGAUGACUGGGAAGAGCCUGGGAUCUUUUUGCAUGGAGCAGCUCUCCUUCUGCCUACUUCUGAGCGCUUGCAGCUGCUGGUGGAACCCGGCCAGCUCAGCUAAACCGAAGGGCCAGGGGCAUCCACACAUGAACUCCAUCCGCCUUGACGGGGAUAUCACUCUGGGAGGCCUCUUCCCUGUGCACGGCCGGGGUGCUGAGGGCAAGGCCUGUGGUGAGCUGAAGAAAGAGAAAGGCAUUCACAGGCUGGAGGCCAUGCUCUUCGCCCUGGAUCGCAUCAACAACGACCACGACCUGCUCCCGAACAUCACCCUGGGUGCUCGCAUCCUGGACACCUGCUCCCGGGACACCCACGCCUUGGAGCAGUCGCUGACCUUUGUGCAGGCCUUGAUCGAGAAGGACAGCACUGAGGUGCGGUGCAUUAAUGGCGGGCCCCCCAUCAUCACCAAGCCGGAGCGUGUGGUGGGGGUGAUUGGUGCCUCGGGCAGCUCCGUCUCCAUCAUGGUGGCCAACAUUCUGCGCCUAUUCAAGAUACCCCAGAUAAGCUACGCUUCCACUGCCCCUGACCUGAGCGACAACAGUCGGUACGACUUCUUUUCCCGCGUUGUGCCCUCUGACACCUACCAAGCCCAAGCUAUGGUGGACAUAGUCAAGGAGCUCAAGUGGAAUUACGUCUCCACCUUAGCCUCCGAGGGAAGCUACGGCGAGAGUGGGGUGGAGGCCUUCAUCCAGAAGUCCAGAGAAGAUGGGGGAGUGUGCGUGGCCCAGUCGGUCAAGAUCCCUCGGGAGCCCAAGGCGGGAGAGUUCGAUAAGAUCAUUCGCCGUCUCCUGGAGACCUCCCACGCUCGGGCCGUCAUCAUCUUUGCCAACGAGGACGAUAUCAGGAGGGUGCUGGAGGCAGCGAAGAGGGCCAACCAGACCGGGCACUUCAUCUGGAUGGGCUCAGACAGCUGGGGCUCCAAAAUCUCCCCUGUGCUCCACCUAGAGGAGGUGGCCGAGGGAUCGGUCACCAUCCUGCCCAAGCGUGUGUCUGUCAAAGGUUUCGACCGAUACUUCUCCAGCCGGACGCUGGACAAUAACCGGCGAAACAUCUGGUUUGCUGAGUUCUGGGAGGACAACUUCCACUGCAAGCUGAGUCGGCAUGCGCUGAAGAAGGGCAGCAACAUCAAGAAAUGCACGAACCGUGAGCGGAUCGGACAGGACUCCUCGUACGAGCAGGAGGGGAAGGUGCAGUUCGUCAUUGAUGCUGUGUAUGCCAUGGGCCAUGCCCUACACAACAUGCACAAAAGCCUGUGUCCUGGCAAGGUCGGCCUUUGCCCCAGGAUGGACCCGGUGGAUGGCGUGGAGCUGCUCAAGUACAUCCGUAAUGUCAACUUCUCAGGCAUUGCUGGGACUCCAGUGACGUUUAACGAGAAUGGAGAUGCACCUGGCCGUUACGACAUCUACCAAUACCAGAUCAAAAACUCCACCGCUGAGUACAAAGUCAUUGGGCAAUGGACCGAUCACCUGCACUUAAAAAUAGAGCGCAUGCACUGGCCCGGGGGGGCCCACCAGCUCCCCAGCUCCAUCUGCAGCCAGCCGUGUAAGCCGGGCGAGAGGAAGAAGCUGGUGAAGGGCAUCCCGUGCUGCUGGCACUGCGAGCGCUGCGACGGCUACCAGUACCAGCUGGAUGAGUUCCACUGCAAGAUGUGCCGCUUUAACGAGCGCCCCGAUGAGAACCACACCAGCUGCGUCCCCAUCCCCAUCGUGAAGCUGGAGUGGAGCUCACCCUGGGCCGUGGUGCCCGUCUUCAUUGCCCUCAUGGGCAUCAUCGCCACCCUCUUUGUGGUGGUGACGUUCGUGCGCUACAACGACACGCCCAUCGUCAAGGCCUCAGGGCGGGAGCUCAGCUACGUGUUGCUGACGGGCAUCUUCCUCUGUUAUGCCACCACCUUCCUGAUGAUUGCUGAGCCUAGCAUGGGCACCUGCUCGCUGCGGCGUAUCUUCCUGGGGCUGGGCAUGAGCAUCAGCUACGCGGCCCUGCUCACCAAGACCAACCGCAUCUACCGCAUCUUUGAGCAGGGCAAGAAGUCGGUCAGCGCCCCGCGCUUCAUCAGCCCCGCCUCCCAGCUGGUCAUCACCUUCAGCCUCAUCUCUCUGCAGCUGAUGGGCGUAUGCAUCUGGUUCAUUGUGGAUCCCUCUCAUUCCAUCAUUGACUAUGAGGACCAGCGGACUACGGACCCCCUCUUUGCCCGGGGUAUCCUCAAAUGUGACAUUUCCGACCUGUCCCUCAUCUGUUUGCUCGGUUACAGCAUGCUCCUCAUGGUGACAUGCACUGUGUACGCCAUUAAGACCCGCGGGGUUCCGGAGACCUUUAAUGAAGCCAAACCCAUCGGGUUCACCAUGUACACGACCUGCAUCGUCUGGUUAGCCUUCAUCCCCAUAUUUUUUGGGACGUCACAGUCGGCGGAAAAGAUGUACAUCCAGACCAUGACGCUGACCAUCUCGGUGAGCCUCAGCGCCUCCGUCUCGCUGGGCAUGCUCUACAUGCCCAAGGUGUACAUCAUCCUCUUCCACCCGGAGCAGAACGUCCCCAAGCGCAAACGCAGCCUCAAAGCGGUGGUGACGGCCGCCACCAUGUCCAACAAAUUCACUCAGAAGGGAGGUUUCCGACCCAAUGGAGAAGCCAAAUCAGAACUGUGUGAAAAUCUUGAAACGCAAGCUCUGGCUACCAAACAGACUUACGUCAGCUAUAGCAACCAUGCAAUUUAACUCCAUCUGAUCAUAACCACCCCGGGAUGAGUUGCUGGGGAGGAGGCGGCGAAGCCAGAGAGUUGAGUCGAAUUGCUCAUUGCAGGAAGUUGGGGGGUGGGGAAGUUGGAUUCGAUUGGAAGAGGGCAUUGCAGGUGCCUAAUUCUACUGGCUGGGCUGGUGGACAAUGCUGCUUGGGAAGAUGGCCAUUAACGUCGGCAAAAAAACCAACCAACCAACCGUCAAAACACACGCCUCUCGGGAGGAGGAAGAGGAACAACCCACCAGGGUGCACAUACAGUGGGACAGAGGUGACAGACUUUAAUAAAUCUUCUGGGGGAUUUUUUUCUGUAUCUUGGAAAAAUAAAAUAAAUUGCAGAUACCUUUUCCCUUUUCCACAAUUUGUGAGAUCGUUUGUGGUUGUGAAGAAUCUCUCUCUCUCUCUCUCUCUUUCUCUCUUGUUCAUUUUCCAUUUUUCUUUUGUUGUCUUCUUCCUCUGCCUCUCUUCACUUUCUCUCUCUCUUUCUCUCUUUCUUUUUCUCCUGCCAAGUUCUAUGUGUUGCAAAAAAAAAUUAAAGAUUUUUUUAAAAAAAAUAAACAACAAAAAAAUAAAAUCUAGACUGUGUUCAAAGUGCUGAUUUCUAUAGGUGGUACAAUUGAUGUAUGUGAUGACCAUAUGGAUUGAAUUAUGUCUGCUUUAUGUACUGACCAAACGAAAAAAAAACCAACAAAAAACCCCCCUAAUUUCAGUGCCUGGAUGUUUAUGAAUUAUUCUAUGAAAAGUGUAGAGCAUGAUCAUUUUUAUACGAGGAACUUUCUA